ACCAACUCAAGACCUUUAGGGAAUGUUCUUUCUCCUCCAAAUGCACUUUCCUUUAAAGAAAUAUUUCCAAAUCCAAACACUUGAUUAUAGAAAAAGCAAACUCCAUACGAACAUGGAUUCAACACGUAUAUAGUAAGUAUAUAAUAACCUAAAACCAUUGCUAUAUAUAUAUGCAACACCACCCUCUUUUAAAAAUAAAACCAUUACUCAUUCUUUCGAUUUACAAGAAUUCAUUACAACUAGUGAGUUCAUAUAUACUAUGGCGCCCGGUGCAACGCUGAAACGGUCCGAUUCGAUUGCGGAUAAUAUGCCGGAAGCGUUGAAGCAAAGCCGGUAUCAUAUGAAGAAAUGUUUUGGUAAGUACGUGCAGAAAGGAAGACGGAUCAUGAAGCUUCAGAAUUUGCUUGAUGAAAUGGAGGAUGUGAUUGAUGAUAAGCUUGAAAGAACUAAAGUUCUUGAAGGUUUGCUUGGUGACAUUUGGUACUCUACUCAGGAAGCCGUAGUGAAUCCUCCAUAUGUAGCAUUUGCUAUAAGACCAAGUCCUGGUUUCUGGGAAUUUAUCAGAGUUAACUCUUCUGAUCUUGCAGUUGAUGGAAUCAAUGCUACAGAAUACUUGAAAUUCAAAGAAAUGAUAUUUGAAGAAACCUGGGCAAAGGAUGUGAAUGCAUUGGAAGUAGAUUUUGGAGCAUUUGAUUUCAAUUUACCAAAAUUAACAUUAUCAUCUUCAAUUGGAAAUGGACUCAACUUUAUUUCAAAGUUCAUAACUUCAAAAUUAAGUGGGAAGCAAGAAAAUGCUAAGCCAAUAGUGGAUUACUUGCUAUCACUCAAUCAUCAAGGAGAAAAACUUAUGAUCAAUGAGACCCUAAAUACUGUUUCAAAGCUUCAGAUGGCAUUGAUUGUUGCUGAAGUCUACCUUUCACAACUUCCCAAGGACACCCCUUAUCAGAAUUUUGAGCUAAGCUUCAAAGAAUGGGGCUUUGAGAAAGGAUGGGGUGACACCGCAGAGAGAGCUAGGGAGACAAUGAGGUCACUCUCAGAAGUGCUCCAAGCUCCUGAUCCAGUAAACAUGGAGAAAUUCUUUAGCAAGGUCCCAACAAUUUUCAAUGUUGUAAUUUUCUCUCCUCAUGGAUAUUUCGGACAAGCUAAUGUACUUGGCUUGCCUGAUACUGGUGGGCAGGUAGUCUACAUCUUGGACCAAGUUAAAGCAUUGGAAGACGAAUUACUUCUCAGAAUCAAACAACAAGGACUCAAUGUCAAACCUCAGAUUAUAGUGGUCACUCGUUUAAUUCCUGAUGCUCGUGGAACCAAAUGUAACCAAGAAUUGGAAGCAAUUAAUGGCACAAAGCAUUCCAAUAUCCUUCGAGUUCCAUUCACAGUAGAAAACCGGGUGCUUCGCCAAUGGAUUUCGCGUUUCGAAGUCUAUCCGUACCUUGAGAAGUUCACUCAGGAUGUUGCAGUGAAGGUACUAGACCUGAUGGAUGGGAAACCAGAUCUCAUCAUCGGAAACUAUACCGAUGGGAAUUUAGCAGCAACUCUCCUGGCUAACAAACUUGGAGUUACUCAGGCAACAAUUGCACAUGCCCUAGAGAAGACAAAGUAUGAAGAUUCGGACAUUAAGUGGAAGGAAUUAGAACCCAAGUAUCACUUUUCCUGCCAAUUCAUAGCUGAUACAAUUUCAAUGAAUGCAGCAGAUUUCAUCAUAGCCAGCACUUACCAGGAAAUUGCUGGAAGCAAAGAUAGACCAGGACAAUAUGAGAGCCAUUCUGCAUUUACAUUACCAGGGCUCUGUCGAGUUGUUUCAGGAAUUAAUGUCUUUGAUCCAAAAUUCAACAUUGCCGCACCUGGCGCUGACCAAUCUGUAUACUUCCCCAACACAGAGAAACAGAGAAGAUUUUCACAGUUUAACCCUGCUAUUGAAGAACUUUUGUAUAGCAAACAAGAGAAUGAAGAACACAUUGGAUAUCUAGCGGACAAGAAAAAACCUAUUAUCUUCUCAAUGGCAAGGUUUGAUACAGUUAAGAACCUGACAGGACUUACCGAAUGGUACGGAAUGAACAAGAGGCUGAGAAAUUUGGUUAAUUUAGUCUUAGUCGGAGCAUUUUUCGAUCCUACGAAAUCCAAAGACAGAGAAGAGACGGCUGAAAUCAAGAAGAUGCAUGCAUUGAUGGAAAAGUACCAGCUAAAGGGUCAGAUAAGAUGGAUAGCAGCACAGACGGAUCGACAGCGGAAUGGAGAACUCUACCGAUGCAUUGCGGACACGAAGGGAGCUUUUGUGCAGCCAGCUCUUUAUGAAGCAUUUGGACUCACAGUUAUUGAAGCAAUGAACUGUGGAUUACCUACCUUCGCAACCAAUCAAGGAGGUCCAGCUGAAAUAAUCAUCGACGGGGUCUCAGGAUUCCUAAUUGAUCCCAACAAUGGCGAUGAGUCAAGCAACAAAAUCGCCGACUUCUUUGAGAUGUGCAAGACAGAUGCAGGAUAUUGGAAUAAAUUUUCUGAAAAUGGGUUGAAACGCAUAAACGAAUGCUACACAUGGGAGAUCUAUGCAAAUAAGGUACUGAAUAUGGGCGGCAUCUAUACAUUCUGGAGGCAGAUGAACAAGGAUCAGAAACAAGCAAAACAAAGAUACAUCCAAAUGUUCUAUAAUCUCCAACUAAGGAAACUGGUGAAGAAUGUGCCUAUACAACCUGAAGAAGUUCAGCAACAACCAGAGCGAAAGCCGGUAAACAAAGCACCACCAAGGCAAGUUCCUUAACUCAUCACAUCCGCUGCAUUCCCUUUCCGGCACUAGACGCAGUCAGUCUCGAUUGCAGAGGUAAAGAACAUCAAACAAGCAUAGAGUUUAGAAAUUUCAAUAUAGAAAAUAAAAGCAUUUUGACCUUCAUAUCUAUAUUCAGGUUGGUGCUUAAAGGGAGUAAAUAAGACAGCAUAGAUCAGAUGGCAUGCAUCAUGACUUGAUCUUUUGCAUUCAAAGCAGCAGCUAAUUGUUAUAAUUUACUACCAAAAUAAAGGAACAGCUAUUGUGAUACAGAGCAAAUAAACUGUUAAUGAUGAAUGAUCUUACUUUUCAAUUUCCAA